GGAAGGAAACGACGCGAAUGCGAGGGACUUCUUGUCUCGAUGGCUUCUUGAUGGAGAUGAUGACGGGACCAUUUUCUACGACAUAGAUGCUACCAACAAGAUCAUGGGUUUGCUCAUUGCGGCUAUGACACCACCAGGACUUCGAUCUCCGUCGUAGGGAACUAUUUGGCUCAAUUUCCUCACAUCUAUGAGCGGGUUCGUCAAGAACAAAUGGAGAUUGCCAAAUCUAAGGGUCUAGAUGAAUUACUUAACUGGGAUGACAUUCAGAAUAUGAAGUAUCCUUGGAACGUGUCGUGUGAGUCGAUGAGGUUGUUACCACCUGCACAAGGAUCAUAUAGAGAGGCAACGAUGGAUUUCACUUUUGCUAGUUAUACAAUUCCAAAGGGAUGGAAGACAUUUUGGACGGUGUACUCAACGCACAAGAACCCCAAGUACUUUCCCGAUCUUGAGAAAUUUGAUCCGUCAAGAUUCGAAGGAAACGGACUUGCACCUUUCACCUACGUUCCCUUUGGAGGAGGACCUCGCAUGUGCCCGGGAAAAGAGUAUGCAAGGCUCGAGAUACUCGUUUUCAUGCACAAUCAGGUGACCAAAUUUAAGCUCGAGAAGGUCAUACCAGACAAGAAGUUUAUCUAUGCUCCAUCGCCGGUUCCGGUCGAAGGUCUUCUUAUUCGCCUCCUACCCCACAACUAGAUAGCUUCGAGCAGUUUAAUUUCAAAGCUUAACUCCAGCAGCAGCCGCCCAAAAUAGUAUCUGAUCAUUGUCUAUGUAUGUCUAUGAUGUUAACUUUGCUCUAUUCAACUCAUA